AUGUUAGUGUCGCUUUCUUGGAACUCGAACUUUUCGUCUGACUUUGGCGGCAGGGAGACUUUUGAGAACAUCUAUCUCGACCUGUCAAAGCAAUCCGGACGGUGUAGGCUUGCAGAGAGCGGUCUCGGAUGGAAACCCAGCGGAGGAAGUGAACCUUUUACCCUGGACAGUAACCAAAUCGGCGCUGCGCAAUGGAGCAGAGCGUCAAAAGGCUACGAACUAAAAAUCAUCACACGAGACGCGACAGUCAUUCAACUCGAUGGCUUUGAACAAGAAGACUUCGACCGCGCCGCAAAGGCUUUCAAAAUCUGGUACGGCAUCAGCCUAGAACAUAAGGAACAUGCUCUCCGAGGGUGGAAUUGGGGGAAGGCUGAAUUUGGGAGAGCCGAGUUGGCAUUCAAUGUCCAGAACAGGCCAGCCUUCGAGAUACCCUAUUCGGAGAUUUCAAAUACAAAUUUGGCUGGCAAGAAUGAGAUCGCCGUUGAGUUCAACCUUGGUUCAGAACCUACCCAAAAUGGCGCAAAUGGUCACAAGGCUGGCAGCACCAGGAAUCGAGGCCGUAAAGCAGCUGCAGGUCGCGAUGAACUCGUGGAAAUGCGGUUUUACAUACCUGGCACAGUAUCCAAAAAGGAGGUGAAUGGAGAUGAGGGAAGUGGGGCAGAAGAGGAAGAAGAUGGGGAACAAAAUGCCGCCAACUUGUUUUAUGAGACCUUGAUGGAUAAGGCAGAGAUUGGCGAGGUUGCUGGUGCCACAUUCGCUACGUUUCAAGACAUUCUUCAUCUCACCCCGAGAGGGCGUUUCGAUAUCGACAUGUACGAAAAUUCCUUCCGCCUGCGUGGCAAAACAUACGAUUACAAGAUUCAAUAUCAAUCUAUCAAGAAAUUCUUCAUCCUCCCCAAGAAUGACGACAUGCAUACACUCAUCACCCUUGGCCUUGAUCCUCCUCUUCGGCAAGGACAGACCCGAUAUCCUUUCAUUGUCAUGCAACUGAAGCUUGAUGACGAGGUGAAUCUAGAUCUCAACAUGACAGAAGAGUUGCUCGAAACCAAGUACAAAGAUAAGUUGGAUGCACAUUAUGAAGCACCGAUCCAUCAUGUCAUUGCGAAAGUCUUCAAGGGGCUGUCUGGGAAGAAAAUCAUCAUGCCCUCGAAAGACUUCGUCAGUCACCACAACAUGAACGGGGUUAAGUGCUCCAUCAAGGCUAAUGAAGGUCUCCUGUUUUGCUUGGACAAGAGCUUCAUGUUCGUUCCAAAACCCGCCACAUACGUACAAAUCGAAUCAAUACAGAGCAUCACCAUGUCGCGUGUGGGAGGAGCCUUGGCGGCAAGCAGAACCUUCGAUAUUACGAUGACCUUGAAGGGCGGACAAGGCGAGCAUCAAUUCAGCAAUAUCAAUCGUGAAGAGCAACAACCGCUAGAAAGCUUCUUUCAAGCCAAAGGUAUUCGAUUCAAGAACGAGAUGCUGGACGACUCAUCCACGUUGUUGAAGGCGGCUCUUGACGACCAAGAUCUCGCGUCAAGCGAUGAUGACGAUGAUGCUGGUAUUAACAGAGGCUCAGCCGAUGAAGAUGACGAGUCCCCCGAUGAGGAUUUCCAAGCCGAAUCCGAGAGUGAUGUGGCUGAAGAAUACGAUUCUGCCCAUGAAAGUAGUGGUAGCGAUGCUGGCAGUGAUGCCGAGAUGGCUGAUGCCGAUGGGGAUGAUGACGAGGUCAUAGACGAUGACGAAGAAGAGCAACGACCAAAGAAGAAGGCAAAGAAGUAG